UUGUAAUCGAGAAAACUGGAGACUCUACCAUGGCCGCCACUGGAGACGUUAUCAUGAGUGAAGGGGCUAUCGACUCUGCUAUAUUGCAGACGCCGCAUAGUGACGCGUUCGCGUUCUCUGACCUCGAGGAGCGCGUACUGGAGCUGUACGAUCAACUACGAGAACUCGAGUUACAGAGGAGCCUCAUCAAAGCGCAUGAAUCCGCUCAUGUGCCCGAUACAUCAGGCCUGUCAGAUGACGAAGUGCAAGAACAGCUGAUGGCAGCUCAACGGGAUGCUAUGGACGCAAAGACCAAAUUCGAGAUUCGAAACAGGAUAUCGCACAAUGUGCUCGUGAUGGAUCCUGUGUUGAAGGCUGUGCAUGGGGGCGAAGACACAGAGCCGAUGGAGAAGCGCAUACUGCCUCUGAUUCACGAAGGCGAUACGCUGUCUAUGGCGCAUGGAUCGUUUUCGGCAGAGCUCACGUCAAUGACACAGGCUCUGAGCGAAGCAGAGCAACGCAACACGGUCACCAACGAGCGGAACCGCGAGUUAUCCCAGACGUUACUUGGGCUAGCCGAGGAGCUGAAAGUGCAGCCGACGGAAGAUAUCGAGGACCCCAGGCUGCGCGACCAGGUGAAGACUGUAGAGAUGGGGCUCAAGGAGUCACGAAGGCGAAUGAGGACACUAAAAGGGGUUUUGUCUGCUAUGAUUGUUGGCAGUGGCAUCAAUUGGACCGCUGAUGAGGUAUUGCGAGAGCUUGUCAUGGACGACGAAGAAGAGGAUUGA